GUAAUUCCCAUGCCAUAUGUACGGCCUCCCAAGUCAGGCGGUCCGAUAUACCGACGCAUUCAGGUUCUGGAUUGAGCAAACUUUCUCACCAUGCAAUGACCAAACAGCAGUCGCAAAUGAAGGCAACUCAAUGCACUCACGGCCUCUAGCGUCGACUUGGAGAGAUGUCCGACUCGCUCAACGUCAUAGCCCUCAUCUCGGGCGGCAAGGACUCCCUGUUCAGCAUCCUGCACUGCCUCGAGAACGGGCACAAGGUCGUGGCGCUGGCCAACCUCUACCCGAAGGCGAGAUCUGUGACCAAUGGACAAGGAGACGCCGCUUCAGCCCGUCCUCUCGAAGACGACGAAUCUGAAGGAGAGGAUCUAAACAGCUUCAUGUACCAGACUGUCGGACACUCCGUCAUACCGCUCUACGCAGAGUGCCUCGGCAUUCCGCUUUACCGGCGAGAAAUCACGGGCUCAGCGGUGCAAACGGGUCGGUACUACGAUACAAGCGAACUCGGCUCGUCGCCCGACGAGACUGAAGACUUGGUACCCCUGUUGAGGACAGCCAUGCAGGCUCACCCAGAAGCGAAUGCUCUAUGCUCGGGCGCCAUUCUCUCGACCUACCAGCGCACCAGAGUCGAGUCCGUAGCAGUCCGACUCGGUUUAACGCCGCUGGCCUACCUCUGGCAAUAUCCUGCCCUUCCUCCCCCUGCCGGACGAGGCGAGUCCCUGGCUGGAUUGCUGGAUGACAUGGGAGCAGCGGGCUGUGACGCCAGGAUCAUCAAGAUUGCGAGCGGUGGCAUCAAAGAGAGCCUUCUGUGGGCUAACGUGGCGGACCCAAAAACCCAGCAGAGGCUCGUCAACGGUCUGCGGCCUUUCUUCCCCGACCACGAGUUUUGGCUCCGUGGAGCGGUUUUAGGAGAAGGGGGAGAAUACGAGACGCUGGCUGUCAACGGGCCUCGAAGAUUGUGGAGGAGGAGAAUUGUGGUCUCACCAGAUCACCAAUCCACAUUUACAGGGGAAGGUGGAGUGAGCUACCUUCGGCUGGCGAAGCCCACAACAGAAGAGAACGAUGCAGGCCCUUCUGGGACACACGAAGAGUGUCUUCGAGUACCACAGGCAUUUGAUCCCCAAUUUCAGGCCGUUCUGGCAGCUGUCGAAAGCCAAGAGACGGCGAACGUCGACAGAACCGCAGACAAGCUCGGCGAGGCGGGUACCAAAUGGUCGCAGCCAGGCUUGUACUCUCUGCAACCCGCCAAGUGUCUGGCUUCCGGACAUCUGUCCAUAUGUAACAUUACUUGGUGCGACCCGAGCGUUGAUGGAAGCCCGAGCAGCGCUGCCAGUCAAAUGCAAGGCAUAUGCGAUCAGUUGAAAUCCUUGCUCGAGACAAUGCCAAGCUCUCUCGACAUACCGACAGGGCUCACGCCGUCCAAUAUCGUGUCCACAACUUUAUUACUGAAGGACAUGUCGAACUUUGGGGCAGUCAAUCCGAUCUAUGCCUCGCUUUUCCGCUCGGGCGAGCCGAAUCCUCCGGCACGCGUCACAAUUGCAUGUUCGCUACCAGAGAACACUGAUGUAAGUUUGAGCGUGUUACUCGAUCUCGGGCCCCGCGAGGAACGACGCGGCCUGCACGUGCAAAGUCGGAGCUACUGGGCGCCCGCGAAUAUUGGACCGUACAGUCAAGCCAUUUGCGUCCCAGUGGACAAACAAGUGGAAUCGCAAGUCAACGUCCAUGACGCAGGAUUGGUGGAGAUGGUCCAUAUGGCGGGACAAAUCCCUCUCAUCCCACACACAAUGAACCUUUCGCAGGCAGAGUUUCCCAAGCAGGCGGUGUUGAGCCUGCAGCAUCUGUGGCGCGUUGGGCAAGAGCGGGGUGUGGACAUAUGGCCCUGGGGAAUAGCCUUUUUGGAAAGCUGUACGGAUAGCCCUGUUCGUGCAGAGCUCUCGGCCAGCGUAUGGCAACAAGCUCACCUGGCAGGGACAAGACCGAUACAGGUUGUUGCUGGCGAGGAAAGUGACGAGGCUGAUGAGGGGGUGGAUGCGUGGGACAUGCAGUACAACCGCGCUGCGAUGUACGAGGCAUCACAUGCACAGAUGACCGUGGGCGAGCAUCUUCAUCUUCUCCCAAACCCAAGUGUACUGGUCAAUGACGAGACCUCAACGACAUUCACUCCGCCCUUCAUCGCCGCAGAGGUUGUCUCUCUGCCUCGAAACGCGCCGGUCGAAUGGUGGAGCAUGGGACUCACGAAUUUGCUCAAGGGCCCAACGUCAAAGCAUAGAACGUUGGUGGCUCGGACAGAGCUGCCCUGGGGAUCCAUCACGAAGGUGACAAUCCUUCCGCCAUACGGGAGAGCAGGCACAAACAUUCACUUGGUCACGGUGUUGGUCCGUCGAGGUGCAGGGUCUGGGUUCAGCGUCACGGACGUCGCAGGGAUGGAGAGCAGUAUACUAGACCUCAUUCAGUCGGACGACGGUCACGAAAUGUCAUCGUUGGCUCCGGCAGAACUGGUGCAUGGCACCGCGUUCAUCGCGCUGCAAGGCCAGGACGAGUGGUCUCGGCUGAGUGGCCGAAAUCUCUUCAAGGAUUUGGCGGUCAUACCUUGCCAUUCGUUGUUUGGAAGCUCUGGGACGACUCCCGAUGUCGGCCCUGCUGAAGGCCAUGGGAGGAGGUCUGGAGGACCGGCCGUGGCCGUGUCCUCGCUGUUGCCAGACGUGGGCCUCGAAGGAACAGCGACAUUCUGCCCACCCCUUGCCGCCGCAAUGGUCUUGCGCAUCGACCAGAAUCCGAGGCGGUCGAGCUGAAAUCGGAUGUCCACUGUUUCAGCGUGCACGCCCCAAUCGAUUUCUCGACCACGGGAUUCUAAAGAUAUCAGCUCUGCGGACGGUGUUGCGGCUGAUUCCAACAGCGGCAGCAGGAGCGCCGGUCAAGACAUGAACCCCUUGCGCAGACGCCUGGGAACAAUGAGUCACAGCAGACCCGACAGAGCCAAUCUUCCUCGUUGGUCUGGUCUGAUCCUCAGCUCGCCGCGCAGAGACGAGAAUACGCGCCGGGAUCUCGCGAGACUGAGGCCCAGCCGCCAGCGAAUCACGCCCGAGCGUCUAUGUUCAGAGGUCAGCUGGAACUUUUUGAUGCUGUGUCGAGCCGCCCGAGGGGUAUAAGCGCCGAGGGAACAGCGAGGGUUGAAGAACACAACGGCGCGCCAAGCGAGAGACCCGACGAGGCUUUGUUGUUGGUUUUGAGGGAUUCACCAGGUCGUGCUAGACUGCACAAGCACAAAUGGUCGGUUGUCGCACACUUGUUCUUCUGAGCCCGCUGGCUAUGCGCCCAUCGAGCCGCCCACCCAUUUGGCAGCCUCGAAUCUAUCCGCCCGACCAAGCGCUCGUGGCUUCAAUGCAGCCCGGAAAAUCAAGGCAGAAUCAGCGGUCUUGGUGGAGGCAUUGGGUCUGGGCACGGAGGGGAUCACCUCCAGGGGACGCAUUAACUGCACCACAGACCUAAGGGAGUUCUACUUGCAAGUCAGUCAAUCAGUUAGAGAGAGAGAGAGAGAGCAAGUAUGUCCAUUGGAAGCGCCUCCGGGCUUGUACGCAAGCACCGGCGUCUAAGGAGGGCACCGGCUGAGAACCCCUCCGGUGCUCUUCCCUGGUUGUCAUUUCCUCUCCAGAUGGCGAUGCCCAGUUUCACACAUGCCACGAUUCAGAUUCAUCACACCAUCCAUCCAUCCAUAGCAAGCCCACCCUCCUCCGUCCGGAGUCCAGCUGGAGUACCUCGUAGGUAGAAACACAGUCCCACCGCGCACGGGACAAUUGUACCGUAGACAACGACAUUAAAACAGCGACAACAUCUCCUCCACCGCGCUGCAUACCUUAGGCAUGACCUGACCCCACGACAAAACCUACCUGUAGCUGCGACGGGGGAAACCCAAAAAGCACACGCGCGCGCGCGCGAGAGUGAGACAAGAA